AGCCACCAGCGCUGUGUGUCAGCCACCAUCUCAUUGCUCGCACUUGAACUGGAGUGCCACAACAAGCCACCCCACAGCUAUGUGCGACUCUGUGCGCUGCAGUGGAUGUACAGGAGCUGCCUGCUCUGCUCAGAGUGUUUGUUGCAAUGAAAGGACACUGAUUGAAGGGACAUGAAUGCAAGGAGAAGGGGUGGGAAGCCAAACAGAGGAGGAGGGAGAUUUAACAAGCCCAAAGGAGCUGGUGGUAGAGGUGGUGGAGGUGGCGGUGGAAGUAAGAAAGCAGGAGCUGGUCGUUGGGAUGACGAUGACGAUUUCAGCCUUGAUUUUGGACCACCUCAUUCCAGCAGACCUGGCAAAGGACGAGGCGGCGGCCGUGGAGGUGGCAGGGAUGGAGGUCGAGGAAGGGGAGGAGUUAGAGAUCGAGACAGGGACGGCAGAGGCAAUGGGAGAAGCAGCGCUAAGGCUCUCCCAAGGUCCCUGGCGAGGACCAGUGCGUGCCCAAAAUCAGGUGACGGCAUCAGGCCGGAGGUGAGCACCAUGCCCUUGCAGAGGAUAUUCAUGACUAAUGAGAACCAAGAACAACUCAAGGAGCUGCUGCGGGAUCUGCAGUCCCAGGAUUUUGAUGAGCCAUAUGAUGAAUCUGGCUCAGAUUAUUCGGGGGGAGAAGAGAAUGAGGAGGAAGUAGAUGAGUUGGACCACCGUGAGGAAGGACAGUUUUGGAACACUAAUGACGAGCCCGUGGAGAGAGCAGAGAGCCCAGACUAUGAACCAUAUGAGUCUGAUGAUGAACGGCCCACCCCUGAACCCAUCAUCUCCUUAUUUGCUAUAGGAAAACUCUGCAGGUAUGGGUUUGACAGGGAGCGUAGCAAGCAGGCAUUGGAAACUGGUGGAGGGGAAUUUGGGGCCACUUUGGAACAGCUCCUCCACCAGGUUUUCAGCGAGCGAUAUGGCCAGAAAGCAGUGACCCCUGAUGGCCUUGAAGGGGUGCCAAUGGAUGAGUGUUUAAGCCAGAGGGAGGAGGAAGCUCUGGCUCUAGCUGCCAUUUACGGCGAGCGCUUCAGUGAGCGCAUUGCAAAUGCAGUCUGGACAGUAACCCUUGACCUUUCAUUCCUCUCAGACAAUGCUGCCAGAAAUGGUGGGCAAGUCAGGAGUCGAGGUGGUGGAGGAGCUGUUAACAUCCGCGAUGUCUGCCGAUACUACCUGAAAGGGCAAGGCUGCCGGUUUGGGGACAAAUGCAAGUUCAAGCACCAGCUCCCCACUAAAGGCAGAUCCGGGGCUGGUUCCCCAGACCUGACAGGCCCGAGCCAACCUGGCAUCAGCAGCUAUUCUCCUCCUGAGUAUGAACUAGAGAUCCGCUUCCCCAAAGGAAACCGUUACCCAUUUCAGGCACCAAUAGUCGCCUUCAGCACCACAGACAACUCUGUCGGGGCUGCAGGGAGGCUCAGCAUGACUGAAAGGUUGUUUGGAGAAGCGCUGGCUGCAGCAAAGAGCAAUGAGCCUGUUGUUUACACUCUGAUCACCUUAUGUGAGGAUGAAACUACCAUGAACGAGCUGCUGGCGGUCAGUCAUCACAAAUACAGCACGCCGCCGCCUGUUGUGGUGAUUCCUCCACCCUCUUCCAUAGCAAAGAGCAAGAGUGUGAGGAGCAAUGCCUCUGAGGAAAGCAGGAGUAGUAGCACCAGUAGCAGUAAUCAUACCACCAGCAGAAGGACCGCUCCACCUAACAACCAGAAAUUCAUAGAUUUGAAAGAGACGGCAGAGGCAGAGGAGCUGGAUGAGAAGGAUGAGGAAGAUGUGGGCGAAGCCGUUCCAGUUGAGAGUGAGAGUUAUGUCAAUCUGAGGAAGAAGAUGGUGAAUAAGCACAACCUCAAGAUAGCCAACCUGCUGCAAGAAAAUGGCAAGCUCUGCCGAGAGUUUCAGAAGAAGCAGUCAUCCAGGCGUUACGGGUCCAUGUUGGGGCAAAGGAGGAAACUGCCGGCUUGGCAGGAAAAAGAAAACAUCCUCGACCUGUUAGACCGUUGCCAGGUGCUGGUGGUCAGCGGGAUGACUGGGUGUGGUAAGACCACUCAGAUCCCUCAGUUCAUUCUGGACGCCUCGUUAAGUGGUCGAGCCGAGCAGGUGGCCAACAUCAUCUGUACUCAGCCACGUCGCAUCUCUGCCAUCUCUGUGGCCCAGAGAGUGGCACAGGAGCGUGCAGAGUGUCUGGGCAACUCAGUGGGCUACCAGAUCCGCCUGGAGAGUGUUAGGACGUCUGCCACCAGACUGCUGUACUGCACCACAGGCGUGUUACUGAGGAGACUGGAGGGCGAAGCAGACCUCAAAGGCGUCACACACGUCAUUGUGGAUGAGGUGCACGAGCGAACGGAGGAGAGUGACUUCCUGCUGUUGGUAUUAAAAGACCUGAUUGUGCAGAGGCCAGACUUGAAGAUCAUUCUAAUGAGCGCCACACUGAAUGCCAACCUCUUCUCUGAGUAUUUUUUCAACUGUCCCACUGUCCACAUACCAGGACGUACUUUUCCUGUCGACCAGUUUUUUCUUGAAGAUGCCAUCGCUAAAGCCCGCUAUGUCAUUGAGGAUGGAAGUCCUUACAUGCGCUCAGGGAAACAGAAUUCGUCUUCCACAAGCGGACGAGGAAGCAAAGGAGAUCCAAGGGACAUGGUGGACGACUUGGGUGAUGACAUGUGGAACUUCAUGUCUUUCUGUAAGAAGGACUUUGUCAAAGACUCUAUUCCAGACCAGCAGCUCAGCCUGCAGGAGCUCACGGUCAGAUACAAAGAUACUAAAAAGUCUGUGCUGAAGACCAUUGCUGCAAUGGACCUAGACAAGAUCAACAUGGACCUGGUGGAGAACCUGCUGGAGUGGAUUGUAGAUGGAAAACACGACUACCCCCCAGGUGCAGUGCUCGUGUUUCUGCCAGGCCUGGCUGAGAUCAAGAUGCUUUACGAGCAGCUCAAAUCCAACAGAAUGUUCAACAACAGGGGCGCAACCAGGUGUGUGGUGUACCCCCUUCACUCAACCUUGUCCAAUGAGGAGCAGCAGGCGGUUUUCAGCCAGCCCCCAGAGGGUGUCACAAAGAUUAUCAUCUCCACCAACAUCGCAGAGACCUCCGUAACCAUUGACGACGUGGUGUAUGUCAUUGACUCUGGCAAGAUGAAGGAGAAAAGAUAUGAUGCAUCUAAAAGCAUGGAGAGCCUGGAGGACUCGUGGGUUUCUCGAGCCAACGCACUGCAGAGGAAGGGUCGUGCGGGUCGCGUGGCCUCGGGGGUCUGCUUCCACCUCUUCACCAGCCACUGCUUCCAACACCAGCUGGCUGAGCAACAGCUGCCUGAGAUCCAGAGAGUGCCUCUGGAGCAGCUCUGCCUCCGAAUCAAGAUCCUGGACGUGUUUGCCGAGCAGACGCUGGAGUCGGUCUUCUCUCGGCUCAUCGAGCCCCCGGUUAUUGGAAGCUUGGACGCAGCCAGGCAGCGCCUGCAGGACCUGGGAGCUCUAACUGCGGUUGAGAAGCUGACCCCUCUGGGCUACCACCUGGCCUGCCUGCCCGUCGACGUGCGCAUUGGGAAACUCAUGCUGUUCGGUGCCAUCUUUCGCUGCCUCGACCCAGCACUCACCAUCGCUGCCAGUCUGGCCUUCAAAUCGCCAUUUGUGUCUCCAUGGGAUAAGCGGGAAGAAGCCAAUGAGAAGAAGCUGGCCUUUGCUGUUGCCAGUAGUGACCAUCUAGCUUUGUUACAGGCAUACAAGGGAUGGUGCUGUGCUGCAAAGAAUGGCAACCAGGCCGGCUUCCUUUACUGCAGGGAGAACUUUCUGUCUUGGCGAGGCUUACAGGAGAUCGCCAGUCUGAAGAGACAGUUUGCUGAGCUGCUGUCUGACAUUGGCUUCAUCAAAGAGGGACUGAGGGCCAGAAUUAUAGAGCGCAUGUGCUCUAAAGGCACCGAUGGCGUUCUGGAGGCUACCGGACCUGAGGCUAACUUGAACUCUGAAAACAUCCGGUUGAUGUCCGCCAUGCUUUGCGCUGCCCUCUAUCCCAAUGUAGUCCAGGUACGAGCUCCUCAGGGGAGUUACAAGAUGACCAGCAAAGGAGCGAUGAAGAUGCAGCCCAAAGCCAACGAGCUCCGCUUCAUGACCAAGAGCGAUGGCUGCGUCCACGUGCACCCCUCGUCUGUCAACUACACAGUUCGCCACUACAACAGCCCCUACCUGGUUUACCACGAGAAAGUGAAAACGAGCCGCGUCUUCAUCAGGGACUGCAGCAUGGUGUCUGUCUACCCGCUGGUGCUGUUUGGAGGCGGGCAGGUCAACAUGGAGCUGCACAAGGGAGAGUUUGUCAUCUCCCUCGACGAUGGAUGGAUCCGGUUUGUUGCUGCUUCUCAUCAGGUGGCUGAGCUGGUGAAGGAGCUACGAUGGGAGCUGGACCAGCUGCUGGAGGACAAAAUCAGGAACCCGAGCAUGGACCUGUGCAGCUGCCCCCGCGGCUCCCGCAUCAUCCACAUGAUCGUCCACCUCAUCUCUACUCAGUAGCUCUGCUACUUAACGCCCCCUUUUCACCCUUUUAAGUCACCCUCAAGGGCUUAAAUCCAUGGAGCUCUGCAGUAAAAAUGUCUUUCGGCUCCUGCGCCACUGCCACAUGUUGCUCCAUUAAUUAGUGAAGUUUCAGCAACCCUGAAACUAGUUAAAAUUUGUAUUGUAUCUAUAACAGGCAGAUGAGCAGGGCAGAUGCUGGACUUGAAAGCUAGGGCCUCUGGUGGAAGUACAGUCACCACACCAUCCUGCUGCCACCUGACACUUCAGUAUCAGUUUACACAAAAAAACUAUUGCUGUGCUGCUGCACUAAAGGCUUUUUAAAGCAAAUUUUGCCUUCAAAGAAAAAAAUAUGGCUCUAUGCAGGUGAUCCACAAACCUCCAUCAUUAUUGCUGGAAUAUAGCAUGUUUUGCUAUUGUCACAAGUCUUAUUUUGACCGUUCUGAAAUGCAACAAUAGAUUUUUUUUGGAUGCCACAGUACUGCUGUUUGUGCAGUAAAUUGGCAUACGGUUGUUGAAUUUGAUGUCAGAUGUCGUUUAUAUACAGUGCAUUUUUGUUUUGGUUGUGCGCCUUGCUCACAACUGUGAAGUUUCAUGGGUCCAUAUUGGAUUUCUUACUCUCACAGUGGCUGCACACUUGUUAUGGUUGUGAAUAUUUAUUCUUGUAUUGCAUGACUGAGAGAUGCAAGAGCUUCUGCAUGGUAUUCGGCUGUUUAACAUUUACUGAAUGUAUUUAAAUGUUACAGUGAUGUCAAAACUACAUUUUCACGAUGUGAAUGCAAGGGCUUUUUAAAUUAGGAGAAUUUGGGGACAAUUGCCAAAGAAUUUGAAAGCUUAUUGUCUUAAUAAGUGAUGAAUUCCACUGCAACACUGCACUGAAAAUAAAAAA